GAGAGCAAAAAUUGAAGUCGGUAAUCUCGAGACAAAGCUAAAAUAAUAAUCAGGAAUAAUCUAAAAUAGUAAUCAUGACCGGAACAAAUGGAGUGCAGCUGACGGAGGAGGAGACCGAGCUGUAUGAUCGGCAGAUCCGUUUGUGGGGUCUGGAUUCGCAGAAACGACUCCGGGCCGCACGCAUUUUGAUCGCUGGCCUCAACGGAUUGGGGGCUGAAAUUGCCAAGAAUGUAAUUCUCGCCGGCGUGAAGGCCGUUACGCUGCUGGAUCAUCAAAAGGUGACCGAGGCGGACUUUUGCUCGCAGUUUCUGGUUCCACAGACGGCGCUCGGUAGCUUCCGCUCCGAGGCCUCGCUCGAGCGAGCCCAGCAUCUCAAUCCGAUGGUGGAACUGAAGGCCGAUACUGAACAACUGGCCGCCAAGCCCGACGAGUUCUUCAAAGAGUUUGAUGUGGUGUGCAUCAUCGGAGCUCCGACGGCGGAACUGCUGCGCGUGGAUAGCGUGUGCCGGGAAGCGAACGUGAAAUUCUUCGCCACCGACCUGUGGGGCAUGUUUGGCUACAGCUUCUCCGAUCUGCAGGAGCACGAGUUCAUGAUGGAUCUCGUCAAGUACAAAGUGAUCUCCAAACCUAACGAGAAGCGUAAAACGGAAACUUACACAACGCCGGUCAAGCGCACCUUACAAUACCCGGCCUACCAGGCGCUGGUCGAUUUCGACUUCCGUGCCGAUACCUACGCUCGCAAGCUGAAGCGCAACGGUCCGGCGCUUCCGUUGCUGCGCGUAUUGCAAACAUUCCGCGACCAGGAACAGCGUGAUCCGGCGUACGACAAGCGAGAGGAAGAUCUCACCAAGUUGCAGCAGUUGCGGGACAGUCUAGCUCCUGGCAUCGUACCGGACGAUGCGUUCGUCCAUGUCUUUGCUCAGAUUUCGCCGGUUGCGGCCAUCGUAGGAGGAGCAGUAGCGCACGAGAUCAUCAAGGUGGUGUCACAGAAAGAGGCUCCACACAGAAACGUGUUUCUGUUCGAUUACGACAAAUGCUGCGGAUUUGUGGAGCUGGUCGGUGCCGAAUCUUAAUCUUCCUCCAGGAGCGCAUCCAAUGUAUUCUUUCUAUUCGUCCCCUUCGACAUUUAUCAUAUAAUUCCGAGAAAUAAAAAUGGAGAACUUGUA